AUGGCCGACCUGGAGAGGGCCUGCGACCGAGAAGCUGCACCAAAGAUCCCGGCGCCGGCGAGCGAGGCGACCGUGACAUUGAGCCUCGCCCACGAGGAUGCGGUCUUCGUCCUCACUAUCUCGGCCGACUCCACCGUCGUCGACUUCAGCGUGCCUGGCGCCGGAGACGUGGCGGGCAUACUACGCGGGAACGGCCUUUCAACGACGCACCUGACCCACUUUAACGGCGGCGCUACCGUCGACGCCGAGGUUGGCGACAAGACGUGCCCACUCCUGUGGCAGGCGGCAGACUCCGCGGAGACGCGCUCAUGGGAACGGCGGUUGGCUGAGGCGUUCCAACCCGAGGGGAUGAUCAAGUUGGCGGCGGCGGCCGUCGACGACGAGGAGACAGCGGUGCGCUUGGGACGGGCGUACGGCGAUAUCCUGGGGCGGGCUCGGGCGGAGGCAGAGCAGCGCGGCCGAGCAGAGGAUCACGGCAGGUGGACGGACGCAACGCUCGAGGUGAUAUCGGGUGGCCUGCACAUGUUCUUCCAUAGGGCGCAAGUCUUUGCCGGCCGUCCAGAUGGGGUCGGCCCGGCCUUCUGGCGGGAGUUUGUUGAUGCGGCGCGAGUGAGAGGGGGGGAGUGGGCUCCGCUGCAGCUCCUCUCGGAGACACAGACGAGUGCGGGCGCCCGACUCGCGGCGAUGCCUUGGCUGAUGUGGAACCGGCGGCCGGUUGCAGGGGCGACCAGCGGUGACACGCCAGCCCGGCCGAUGGAGGAGCCUGGGGCGGAAGCUCUGAGCGCCCAGGCGGAGGCCGACCUCGUUAACCACCGUGCGGCGGAGGUGCGGCGCGCAGCGGCGAGCAAGUGGCGGGUGAGACAGAGGGAGACGGAUAUCUGGCGGUGGCAGGCGAUCUGGCUGGAGAUGGAGACUGCUCGAGCCAGAGUGCAGCAGAUCGCGCGGAUCGUUGCGAGGGGGCAGUGGCGAGGGCGGUACCCGGAGGUGCUCAUCGUGGAGAACGCGACGCAGCUGAUGGAUCUGCUCUACAGGUCCGGGCUUCGGUUUCGCAACAGCUUCGUUUUCACAACACGGCCGCCUCGAGACGCCGCGCCGUCGUGCAAUUCGUGCCCGAGCCGUCCACAAGGCCGCCGGCACAUUUGCCAAUGUGCCCGGAGCGCAGGGAGUCGAUGGGUGCCGCAGUGCGAGCGAGCACUGCAGCUGCAGUGCUCGCUCGCACUGGCCACUGCGGCGCUGCGCCACGGCGGCGAAGCAUGUCUGGACUUCAAGGACAGCGCUUCUCCGCUGCUCGAGGCUUGCGGCACGGUCCAGGCCGACCACACAGAGCACCCGAGGCAGCUGGCGUGGCCUCACUCAUGA